AGAUGGCCGUGCAGUGGCUGCGCGUUCCCGUGAAUCAGAAACGGGUUCUGUGGACGGUCAGCCGAAGGCGAGCCAACUCAGCGCAGUCCUCUUCAGCACCCUGUGGUGAAAAAUAAGAACGUCGCAGGUUUGGUCUGGAUUUAUGUGCAGCUGAAGAGGAGCCUGACUCCUGGAACACUACUUAAAAUCUAAUGACAGAAGACUCCUUGGAGAGUUUUGCAUUGUAGCUCUGUAGCUGGGCAGCCUGGCUGCCUCCCUGCCUCCAGAUGAAUGAAGAGCACUCCGGAUCGCAGAGACACUGCUGAUACAGGGCAUGCAGGUGUUUCUGCAAAUAUGAUGAAGAAAAAAAAUCCCAAUAAGAAACAUAAGAGCAAUCUGGGUCCAACCACCAAAGUUCUGUCACAGCCACAACGCAACAUUGUCGGCUGCAGGAUCCAACACAUCUGGAAGGAUGGAAGUGGGCAUGUAGUAUGGAAAGGGACGGUGCUCGACCAGGUGCCAGUGAAUCCAUCUCUUUAUCUGAUAAAGUAUGAUGGCUUUGACUGUGUCUACGGUCUGGAGCUCCACAAGGAUGAGAGAGUUCAGGGCCUGGAGGUUCUCCCUGACCGACUGGCUAAAUCCCGCCUGACAGAUGUCAAUUUAGCAGAUACAAUGAUAGGAAAAGCGGUGGAACAUAUGUUUGAGACAGAGGAGGGUCCAAAGGAAGAAUGGCGGGGAAUGGUGCUGGCCCGGGCUCCCAUCAUGACCACCUGGUUUUAUAUCACCUAUGAGAAAGACCCUGUCCUCUACAUGUACCAGCUGCUGGAUGACUUUAAAGAAGGAGACCUCCGCAUCAUGCCUGACUCUAAUGACAGUGUCCCAGCUGAGAGGGAACCAGGUGAGGUGGUGGACAGUCUGGUGGGCAAACAGGUGGAGUAUGCCAAAGAGGACGGAGGCAAACGAACAGGCAUGGUCAUCCAUCAAGUGGAGGCCAAGCCUUCUGUAUACUUCAUCAAGUUCGAUGACGACCAUCUCAUUUAUGUCUAUGACCUGGUCAAAACUUCAUAAGACAUUGCAGACAUCCUGGGCCCCUUCUCCCAGGACAGAAACAAAACACGAGACACAUGUUGACACAUCUGAAACACACCCAAUCCAGUACUUGCUCUGCAGACCCUUAACGACUACAGCCCUUUUAAAACCAUAAUGUUAUUGUAUACUGUGAAAAGUAGAUGAAAAGACAGCAGACCAAGUCAGCAAUUAUGUCAACUUACAGUAUGUAAUUCAGACUUAACUAGUACUUCGAAAAACAAUGUGAUUGAGAAACCAAGUCAUUGUACUUGUAGAACGCCAUUGAUUUCCAUAAUGGUUAGGUAGGUAGCAAUGUAGCAACAUGGUAGGUAUUUCUUUGUUAACUAACAAGCUACAAGAAGCCACAAUUUGCCAGUGCUGGUUAGUGUAAAAGGCAAUGAAAAAAUAGACCUCAUACUCCGAAUAAGAGGACAUGCAGCUUGUAUUAUUUCAGAAUCUUGACACAAAAAAAGACAUCCUCAUCCUUGUCCGUCACAUCUAUUAUUUACUUUUAUAAUUUGAAGGCCACGAAAAGAACACACAUCUGAAUCGUGGUAUACCGAGCCUGAAACAAUGUUAACUACUUUUGUUUCUAAUUCAACUUUAUACAUUGUUGAGAAUUGAUAUGUGUAAUCAAAGUCCGAAAAAAAGAUACUGUAAGUCCAGUCUUUAUUUUCAAAGCCCUUUGCGCUUCCAUGUUACCGAUGUCACUCUUUUGAAAGAAGCAUUUGUAUGCACGCAACAGUGCCACCUAAUGGUAAAACAAUCCAUUGUUUUAAUUUUAAAUUUUAUUAACCGUUGUUAAAAUGUUGGAUUUGUCUUUUUCUUUAGUUUUGAAUAUUUAUAUAAUCCUUAUUUGCACCGAUCAUCCCAUCAUUUCAAGAUAUCAUUUGACCUUCAAGCAUUAUUAGAUUUGAGCAGUCUCAAAAAAAGUAUAAUUUGGAUGUAGGUAUGAUUCAUUUAGAGGUCCGGUAUUUUGCCAAACCCACUUUUUCUACUAUUUGGGAUGUAAUAUUGGCUCUACAGUGCCUCAGUAAACAUGUGAAAUAUGAAUUCAAAUCGUCCACACAUUCCUGAGUUGCAGACGUUUUUCUGCCGAGAGGCCUGAAAUCAGGUCAUUCGAAUUUCUCAAGAUUAUCUACGUCGCUAGCUAAGAUCUCCACCUACCUCUCCGGUCCGAGCCAGCGCUGUCAACAUAACAAACACGUGUGCUCACACAAGUGGGUCUUCUACAUGGAGACAACCAAUCAGAGGAAAUGGGGCAGUUUUAGCCAAAUAUGGACAAAGCAGAUACAAGACUGGGUCAAAUGGAAGUAGCUGUCGGACACUCGUAUGACAAAACCUGUAUGGUUUUUGAAAUGAAAUUAACACUUUUAUACUAAGUCCAUGUUAGAGUGACUCUAUGAACGUCUAAAUAGCCAAAAUAUGGGACUUUUAAAAUAUAUUUAAUUGCGCUUUACUGUCAGAAAUGGGCUUUUGUCUACCAGCGAUUGUUAAGUUGGCUAGUGGGCCAAUUUCCUAGUUUGUCAAACGCAAAGGGACAGGACAUUUUUUGUAAAGUUAAGGAUGAAUAUUGAUAAGAUCAAAACUGAUGGUAUCCCAAACAACAAAAGCAGGGUUUUGUACAGAACAAAGCAAGAGACAUUGACAAAAAGGCAAAGAAAAGAAAAGAAAAAGACCAUUUCACAACUGAACAUUUAUUCAAGAUUGAUGGAACUCUCAAGAUGUCUGCAGAUAAAAACUGUGAUUUAAAAAAAAAAGAUUUUUUUUUUCUGAUUUUAUAUUGCCAAACUGCUUCUUAAUGUGCAUUUUUUUAAAGUCUUGCAAACUGUGUUUGUUAUGAUUUCACUUAAGCCUUUGCAUAUGCUUUUGUGUACUUGCUGAAACUUCGAUGGAGUUUAACAGAAACAAAACAAAACGUCUUUGUGUAGUGUAGUUUGUGACUUACACACACUUAUUAUUAUGAUACUGUGAUUAUUAUUAUACCUGCGCUUCCUCCAGUUAAACAUGUUUGAAGACAGUUAUGCAUUAUUGGUGUUAAAAUUCAAGGGAAAAUAUUUUUGUUGCACCUUAAAUCCCAAGGAAGUGGUUAAAAAAGAUAAAACAACCAAUAUUUUCUGGGACAGUCAAUGACAGUUGAAUGAAAGAAGUUGAGUGUAAAUGUUUUUGAGUAAUGUAAUUCCUCGUGUUCAUCACUGCAUUUAAACUAGAAACACAGUGCUGUGAAAAAAAUAUUGUCCACUUCUCAAAUUCUAUUUUUUUGCAUAGUUUUCCCACUUUAUGGUUUACGAUCAUCAAACAAAUGUAAAUGUCAUAGAUUACCCAAGUAAACAUACAAUGCAGUUUUGAAAUCCAUCCAGCCGUCCAUUUUCUCAGCCGCUUCUCCUCACUAGGGUGUGCUGGAGCCUAUCCCAGCUAACAUCGAGCAGGAGGCGGGUUACACCCUGAACUGGUUUCCAGCCAAUCGCAGGGCACAUAGAAACAAACAACCAUUUGCACUCACAUUAACACCUACGGGCAAUUUAGAGUUGUCAAUUAACCUACCAUGCAUGUUUUUGGGAUGUGGGAGGAAACCGGAGUGCCCGGAGAAAACCCACGCAGGCACGGGGAGAACAUGCAAACUCCACACAGGCGGGGCUCUAACCAGUCGUCCAGCGUGCCGCCUUAAGUCUUUCAGUUUCUUUUAAUUCACAACAUGGAAAAGAAGACUUAGUAAUGUUGGUGUGAUGUUUUUUGGUCAGUUCCACACCAUGGAUGUGGUAGAGACAGUAGUUGUUUGUAUUAUGUAAAGUAUGUGACACAAUGAUCCACCAGGGAAUGUUUCUUUCCAUUUUAUUUUGUUUACUCACAACUGAAGGUUUCCCAUAACACAGACAACAGUUUUUGUACAUCUGUCAAUCAUUCAUGAAAGUCUCAAACUAAGAGUCUGAAUAAUUGUUUGCUCUGUAAUUUCUAAACAAAUCAACCUAACAUUCUAUAUAUCAUUUUGGGAUAUGUUUUUAGGUUAAAAAAUAAAUAAAAUGUUUUCUCGGUAGGUUGAUUGGGGACUCUAAAUUGCCAUUAGGUGUGAAUGUGUGCGCGAAUGGUUGUUUGUUUCUAUGUGCCCUGCGAUUGGCUGGCAACCAGUUCAGGGUGUACCCCGCCUCUCGCCCGAAGAUUGCCGGGAUAGGCUCCAGCCUGCCCUAGUGAGGAUUAGCGGAACGGAAGAUGAAUGAAUGUUCUCUCAUCUAAAAUGUAUACUGCAGAAUAAAAUGUGAGGGAAAGAAGACUUGAGCCAAUGAGAUAUCUUGGUUGAAUGCAUGUACAGAUGAGAUCCAAAUGUCAAACCUUCAGUUUGUGUACUUCCUGUGAUGCAGAUAGUUGUCAAAGCAGAAAGAUGACACCUAUUAUUCAUAACUGCACCAAAAAGAAACACUCUCCCAAGACAUGUAUGUGCAUAUAGAAUGUUUUUCCCUACAGAGAAUAAUGAUCAUCUCAACAUGCACUGUUUUAGUUGGUGAGUGGCGACAACACAGUUGUGUAAAGUUGUGUCCAAAGCAAUCGGUUCAUUUUGCAAUUACUGAUUCUUCUUGUUGAUGUCGGAAUGACAUGGCUUUUUCUAUCAUCCUGCCUUGUAAUUGUUUGUUUUUGUAUGAUUAAACAUGUAUGUUAAUUUUUAUUGUU